CUCCGGCCAUAUGUUUAUGGUGAGGGGUAUCGGGAAACGCCCAUUCCUCCCUCUCUCUCUUGUGUCUCUCUAACCGACUUUUCCUCCUCACGGCCGAUAGGCAACUACUGGUCCUGGUCGCGAUGGCACAGUCGCAUAUGGCGGAAGAAGGGCUGAGGACUCCUCUCCUGGAGCAAGGUCCUCCCGUCAAUGGCAGCCUCCGCCCACCAGAACAGCAGCAAAAUCACCUCGACCAUCCAGCAGAGGAACCAGAAGAAGCGCCGCUGCUCCAACGGACGUGGAUCGAAUCGAAGAAGCUAUGGAGGAUAGUCGGCCCCUCCAUCUUCACCCGGAUCUCCAUGUACGGGAUGAACGUCAUCACUCAGGCUUUCGUCGGCCAUCUCGGCGACCUCGAGCUCGCCGCCAUCUCCAUAGCCACCACCGUCGUCGUCGGAUUCAAUUUCGGCUUCUUGUUCGGCAUGGCUAGUGCUCUGGAGACGCUGUGCGGCCAAGCAUACGGCGCGAGGAAGUACCCCAUGCUGGGGAUUUAUAUGCAGCGAUCCUUCGUCGUCUUGUUCUUGUGCGCUCUCCUUCUGCUGCCCACCUACUUUCUGGCCACUCCCAUCCUCAAACUGGUCGGCGAGACGGACGAGAUCGCCGAACUCGCCGGAUGGAUCUCUCUGUUGCUCAUACCUCAGCAGUUCAGCUUCGUCUUAUUGUUCCCGAUGCAGCGGUUCCUUCAAUGCCAGCUGAAGAACAUGAUCAUCGCCUGGAUCGCAGGAACCGCGCUGCUGAUACACAUCUUCUUGAGCUGGCUUCUCAUUUCCUACUUCGGCUUCGGCCUCGUCGGUGCGGCCGUGGCGCUCAACAUCGGCUGGUGGGUGCCACCUAUCUGCCAGCUUCUCUACACCGUCUGCGGCGGCUGUCCUGAGACGUGGACCGGCCUGUCAUGGCAGGGGUUAAUGGGUCUUUGGGAAUUCACAAAGCUUUCCAUAGCUUCGGGAGUUAUGCUAUGUUUGGAGAAUUGGUAUUACAGGAUUUUGGUAAUCCUGACGGGAAACAUGAGCGACGCAGAGAUUGCCCUGGAUGCACUUUCUAUAUGCAUGAACAUAAACGGGUGGGAAAUGAUGAUUCCACUUGCCUUCUUUGCUGGAACCGGGGUGAGGGUGAGCAACGAGUUGGGCGCCGGCAACGGCAAAGGCGCAAGGUUCGCCACCAUCGUGUCGGUGCUCACCUCCACAGUCAUCGGCCUCUUCUUCUGGGCCCUCAUCGUCAUUCUUCACAACAAGUUUGCGCUCCUCUUCACCUCCAGCGCCGUUGUCCUCGCCGCCACCUCCAAAUUGGCCGUUCUCCUCGCCUUCACCAUCCUUCUCAACAGCGUCCAGCCCAUUCUCUCUGGUGUAGCGGUGGGUUCGGGAUGGCAAGCUUUUGUGGCGUACAUAAACGUGGGCUGUUACUACAUUAUCGGUCUUCCGGUGGGCGCGGUUCUAGGCUGGGUCUUCCACCUGGGCGUUGCCGGAAUUUGGGGAGGUAUGAUUGGCGGGACUGCUGUUCAGACCAUCAUUCUCGGUGUUAUCACAAUCCGCUGUGAUUGGGAGAAGGAGGCACGGAAGGCCUACCAUCGAGUGGACAGAUGGAAGGUCCCAGACUCGACAGGCAAGUAGGCUCAGCGCUACACCGUGAAAGCUUAGCCUCGGAUCUUCUGUGAUGCUUCAAAGUGGGAAAGAGACGGAUGAUCAUGAUGAGACACUUCAGGAUUCAGGCUGUACACUGCAACGUAUCGUACAUUUGGUGAUAGUUCAGUUAGAUCAUAGAGUUUUUGGGUUGUUCAUGAGGCCAUUUGGCGGCUGUGAAUGAAAGCAAGGUAUGGAGAAAGAGAGAAAAUGUUACGUGGUCCGGCAUCCUCGCCAGCCCACUUCCGUGAGGCAGAGGAAUAAAGGGUGUCUUUUAAACUGAUCAUAAUGGCUACUCACGUAGACGACUAUAUAUCAGGAUAGACUCUUUUCAGGAACACCUUAACAAGAUAUACCAAGAACAUUAUAGAGCGCCGUGGGUGUUGGGUUGCGUGAGGGACAUUUUAAUUUUUGUAGGGAGGAGUUUCUUUUCCUUCUCACCGUUCCAUUUUUGCCGUUAUAGCGUCAUGGUCACUUCCAUGUUGUCUUCGAUCUAGAAAAUGAAUAAAGUUUAGUACGAGGCCUUUCUCUUAUAGCAAAA